UUAAAAGAUUUAAGUCACAACAUACAUCCAUGAACAAUUUUAGAUGGCAGCAUUCACCAAAGCCAUCCACCCCGCCAAAGCAGUGCACAAUAGCCUCUUCCUGAUGACUUAGGCUGCCCAUGGUGACCACCGGUGACUGCCACUUGACAUCACAGUGUAUCCCUCCCUCAGACUCAGGCAGGGGCUGAUGGCUGUUUCCUAUACCUCCCUGAACAGCUGCUGUGGUUUUUCAGCUCUUGCAUCUGCUGUAUAUGGUUCUGUCUCAGGUGCCAUGUGCUAGCUCUGUUCUCUGUAUAGCUGCUUUUGACGGCUCCUCAUCGAUCUUCUAAUCCACCACUCAUGAUCCUAGAGAACAGAGACCACAAGUUAAGACCUUCACCUACAGAAUCCCAAGGGCCAACACUGGGCAGAGGACAGCUCCAACCUUCUUACAAAAGGGCUUUUCCACAGAAGCAUUUCCGUUAGACUCUUUGCAGUGAGAUACCCUGCUUCAAGAAUUUCUCAUGGAGCCAGAAGCCUUUGAAGUUUGCCCUUAUGAUCCUCACCACCGAAUCCCACUCAGGAGACUCCAGUACCACCUGGCAUCAUGCAGGAGAAAGAACCCCAAGAAAGCCAAAAAGAUGGCCAUCUGCAAAUACAACGCCUGCCAUGUGGUCUCCAUCAAAAAACUGGAGGAACAUGAGGCUGUCUGUGUCAACAGGAGCUCCCUGGAGGAAGAGGACACUAAGAACCCUAUGAAAGUUAGUCUUCCUAGUUCAGAGCAGAACGAUGACCCCCAGCAGACUUUUAUUCCCCAAAAGCUUGCCUGUGAAAAGGACACAAAAGAGUCAGCAAGAGAGACCAGUCCCCAGAAGAUCCUCAGACCAGGACAGUAAACUGCCAGCCGAGGAAGGAGCACACACCUCGUAAAUGCAUGGAAGAAUGUGCAAUGCAUCAGAAUAAAAGGCAUGCAAAGCAAGUUACCCUGGGAUACCUUUUUAUUUUUUUUUUUACCUGGCAGAUUGGUAAAUAUCAAAAGGCUUAAAAUAUUCUGCUGACAAAGGUAGAGCCAAAUGGGCCGGGCGCAGUGGCUCAUGCCUGUAAUCCCAG